AUCAGAAUAGCUCUGAGCAGUGUAUAGAGCAAGAGUUUAGUCUCCGGGUGUGUGACGUCAGCAGAGAAGCCCCGCCUCCCGCACGGUCUCGCGCUCAGCACGCAAACGCUUGAGUGAAACUGUCCGCCGCGCUCUUUCACUUCACUUCCCUUUCCUUACCAUAAACAUCAACAACGCGGCGGGCUCUGCGUCGGAAGAAAGGCGUUGGGUCGCGUCGGCUCCAGAGGACAUGGCCCAGAGGUCCCGCGUCAGAAAACAACAUCGCAUGAGGCAAAAACAAGCUGUGGAGACGCGGGGGUCGCGCGCGAACGCGCUGACAGCUCUUUAAAGCCUUCGCAAAAGUUUCGCUGACGCGCUCGUGACGUCGCAGCCAGUCAAGUCGACGCUUCCCGUCCGCGUGUUUGUUAGUUAGUUUGUUUGUUUGUCAUUUCGCGGUCAUUGUGGCAUGGGCGCGAGACAGAGCAGCCCCGCAGCCAACGGGCGGACUCGCGCGUACUCGGGCUCGGAUCUGCCGUCGGGCGACGGCAGAGCGGCGGCGGUGAUGAGGUAUUACCAUCACGGGGCCGCAGGUGCGACAUCGGCGUCCUCUUCGUCAUCGUCCGCGGCGGCUCAGUUUUUCGGCCACAGAACUCGAUCUGAGGGGGGGGUGGGUUCCGGUGGCCCGGCCGUUAGACCGCAGUCGAGCAUCAAUAUACCGAACUCUGGAGCGUACAGUUCACAGGAGUCCGGUAACAGCACGCCGGAGGAGAGAGAGAGGACAACCGGCACUCCAAGACUGUUGAUCGGAUCUUUACCUUCUCACCUGUCGCCGCAUCUCUUCGGAGGUUUCAAGUGCCCUGUCUGCUCCAAGUUUAUCUCCACAGAUGAGAUGGACCUUCAUCUGGUCAUGUGUUUGACCAAACCCAGAGUGACAUACAACGAGGAUGUGCUGGUGAAGGACACGGGUGAAUGUGCAAUAUGUCUGGAGGAGCUGGUUCAGGGAGACACCAUCGCUCGACUGCCCUGCCUCUGCAUUUAUCACAAAGGAUGUAUUGAUGAAUGGUUUGAAGUGAACAGAUCGUGUCCUGAACAUCCUUCAGAUUAACAUCAUCUCUCUCACCUCUGCACAGGUGUGCGAGCAGUAACUGUGAAUCACUUCCUCCUUCUGGACACUGUGAUGUCUUCAGACAUAGCGGGCGAGCCGAUCACUGGAGUCCUCCCUCUCUUCUUGUAGCAUCGCCCUCUCUAGUCGCCACACAAACCCCGACGUGCCAAAACUCAUUGGAGCAGAUCUUCAGGGAAACACUUCCAUCAGCUCUUCCUAACUCCCGCCCCACAAACACAGACGCUACUGUUGCACAAAUCAACCAAUCAGGAAACGACGAAGAAGGUCUGACCUUGAAUUUCACCGAUUGGCUGGACUCAGGGUCAGCUGACCUCUAUGUGCUAUGUUAUCAAUCUCAGAUGAUUGGACUCCAUGAUUCUUUAUCUACCAGUGCCUUCAUUUUCAGAUCUUAAGGGCCAAUGGUGGCUGGGCUUUGGAAGUUUAUCACAUGUCCAUCAGAAAUCUGGAUGCAACCCAACAGUGGGGAGAGAGAGAUAGAGAGAGAGAGAGACACAAAGAGAGAGAGAGAGAGAGAGAGAGAGAAAGAGAGAGAGACACUGAGAGAGAGAGAGACACAGAGAGAGAGAGAGAAAGAGAGAGAGACACAGAGAGAGAGAGAGAGAGAGAGACACAGAGAGAGAGAGAGAGAGAGAGACACAGAGAGAGAGAGAGACAGAGAGAGAGAGAGACACAGAGAGAGAGAGAGACACAGAGAGAGAGAGAGACACAGAGAGAGAGAGAGACACAGAGAGAGAGAGAGAGAGAGAGAGAGAGAGAGAGAGAGAGACAGAGAGAGACAGAGAGAGAGACAUAGAGAGAGAGACACAGAGAGAGAGAGAGAGAGAGAGAGAGAGAGAGAGAGAGAGAGAGAGAGAGAGAGAGAGAGAGAGAGAGAGAGAGAGAGACACAGAGAGAGAGACACAGAGAGAGAGACACAGAGAGAGAGACACAGAGAGAGAGAGAGAGAGAGAGAGACAGAGACAGAGACAGAGAGAGACAGAGAGAGCCCCUGAGCCACACUGACAUCUAAAGUGCCCCUCCUGCGAGACUCGUCUGUUUCGCUUCUCAGAUGCCAGUUGUCCCGUGUGUCACGAUUCUUGUAGCCAUUCUGAAACCGGACAGAUGAAGAUUCACUGUAGCUUCACGCAGGGUUUCACGUCGUCACGGUCAUUUAUGCAAAUAAAAAUCAUCUUAAAAUUGAAACGCCAUGAAUAAAUGAGAGAAGAAAACACGGACGCUCAUUCAACACAGAUGAGAUUUAUCUGACAGUUCUUCUAAAGAAAAAACAAGCCUGAUGUUAAGAGUCAAACAUGUCAGGAGCUGAUGGAAGAAGGGUCUUUAUGUGAACAACACUUUCUUCUGUCUUUAUUCUCAGAUGUGUUUUAGUAGUUUCUGAUGUGAGUGAUACAGAAAGAAUGAAAUGGUUUAAUCACACCAGAUCACAUGAUCGCUGCUUCCACACACAUCUUUUCUUUAGUUUAGACCGACGACUAGCUCAUACGGAUGUGCUGCUAACUAGCUCUGAAAACUGACUAGUCGCUGACUGAGGAUUUACAGUCAUGACGUCUGUAGUGACCUGUGGAUGACUCCCCAAAGAUCAAGUAAAGGAGUAUGUACUGUCAGUCUGGGGUUUAUUAAAUGUGCCAUGAUAGCUUUAUCGUGCUGCUGAUGUGUUUUGAGAGUUUGUAUCAAGACUGAAUCUUGUUGAAAUGUGCUAUUGAUUUCCCAGCAAAUGUGUUUAUCAUGGGCCGCUCGUUUGCUCAGAAUGCGGCGACAUCAUCAUAGACGUGUGGCUUUGGACACAGAAUUAUUUCUAAAUGGCCUUGUGAUAUAUUCGAUCAUUCGCAGACUUUCAUCAACCAUCCUUUGACAAAAUUCAUGUUUUGGAUGUCUGAUGAUGCAAAUGCUCUAUUCAUGUUUUGUAGCUAUGUGCAAACGUCUGGUCACAGCAGAUGAAUCUGAUUGGAUUAGCUGUCUGUCAAUCAAAGUUUUCAGUGCCGAUGAUGUUAAUUCAUGCUUGUUGCAGUUGAACUUCCUGAAGAGAUACUCUCUGGAGAUCCAAUGACAACAAAUCCAUACCGAACACAUGUGAAGUUAACAGUGCCCACCUCAGACCACCAUAAUGUUUUGUAAUGAUUUACUUUUAUUGUAACAUUCCAUGUAAAAAAAAAACUAUGUACAGAGAUAAUGAUAUUAAACAAGCAACAUAUUUUGAA